AUGAAGAAAGGGACGUUGGCUGACAAAAUUUCAUCACUCUUAACUACCACUCCUGAUGAAAUAGAUCCGGAAGAUGAUUACGAAGAUGAUACCACGGCGAAAUUAAAUGCAGAAUAUUCUCAAGAAAAUGAGAAGAAAAUAAUCAUGGGAAAAGGAAGCAGAAGAAAUUUAAAUCCUGAUGAUUCUAGUGAAUUUUCUGAAUCUGGUAAUGAUAUGGAAGAGUCAGAAUCUGAUAGUUCAAAUGAAGAGCAAGAACUUGAAGAUGACGAAAAUGGUAGUAAUGAAUCUGAAAAAUCAAAUAAUGAUGAUGAAUCAGCUGAGUCAGAUCAAGAAUAUGAUGAUCAUUCUGAUAACACAGAAUUAGAAGAUACAUCAAAUUUCGAAACUUUAAAAACCACAGAUGUUUCAACUCAAGCUAAAAAAGGAUUAUGUGUAAAAAAUCAAAUGCAUAUUUGGGAGGGUCUUCUUGAAAUGAGAAUUCAGGUUCAAAAGUGUUUAUUAGCUGCUAACAAAAUGCCCAACUAUGAAAAAUAUAAGGAGAUAAAGAAGGAGUCAGGACAAGAUUUUAGCACUACUGUUGAGAAAACCAAAAACUCUGUAUCCACACUACUAGACAAAUUUUUGUGUUUACAGGAUCUUGUUGAUGAUCCUGAUGAUGAAGAAAUUCCAAGUGACACUGAAGAUGAAGCUGAUGCUGAUUUAAGUGAAGAUGAAAAUGAAGAAAGACCUAAAAAAAGGCUGAAGAUUGCAGAUUUUGCAAAUGAUUUACAACUAAAGCAUAAUUUAUACAAAGAUUAUAGAAACAGUGUGAUUAAAAAAUGGCAUGAAAAAACUAGAAUGCCAGUUUUAAAAAGUACUGCCAACAAUCACUCCAUUAUCCAACAUAUUGAACAUUCCUUAGGGGAUAAAGACAAAUUAAUUAAAAGAACAAGAUUAAAAAGAAAUGACUACAAAAUCAUUGGUGAGGAUAGCGCCAGUGAUAAUGAAGAGGAAAGUAAACAAGAAAAACCAACUGAAGAAUACAAUUGUGAAAUAUUUGAUGAUGAUGACUUUUAUCAUCAACUUCUUAGGGAAUGA